AUGUCGUCUAAGAAACCUGGCUUCACAGCCGACCGGUCGCUCGGUGAACUAGAUCGUGAGCGCAAGCCGCGUGUCGUUGUCACGGGCGGCUCUGGCAAACUUGGGCGAGCUACAGUAGAUUACCUGGCUAAUGAAGGCUGGGAAGUCAUCUCAGUAGAUCUGCGGCGACCGCCGGGUAUCAGCGAAGAUGGGAAAUCCGGACUAGGCGGAGCAUACAAGCUGGUGGAAAUUGAUCUUGAAGACAUGGGCGCCGUGUUAGAGACGCUCAUCUCUACCGACAUGGCCUAUGGUGGCGUCGACGCUGUUGUCCACCUUGCUGCUCUGCCUUCACCUGGACAGACCAACAGCUCGCGACAGUUCAGAACAAAUACCAUGAGUACAUAUAAUGUGCUUGAGGCAUGCCGGAAGUUGGCGAUUAAGAACAUUGUUCUGGCCUCGUCCGAGACAUUGAUCGGCAUCCCGCUCGCUACGGACGGCGUUCACGAGCCGGCGUCGCUCCCAAUCACGGAGGAGCACGAGCGCAAGCCCGAGUCGGCCUAUAGUCUUUCCAAACUGGUUGGCGAGGUCAUAGCGGAACAGUAUACACGAUGGGACCCCGAAGCGAAGAUUGUCUCGCUGCGAUUCAGCAAUAUCAUGACGCCGGCUGACUACGAUAACUUCGAAUCGUGGCAAGAUGACCCGGCCAAGAGGUCUUGGAAUGCGUGGGGAUAUAUUGAUGCCCGAGACGGCGGACAGGCAAUUGCACAGAGUUUAAGGUUGAAGCGGACCGGCCAUCACCAAUAUUUAAUUGCGGCAGAGGACACUUGCAUGCGAAUGAAGAAUGAAGAGCUGGUAAAGAAGUGCUUUCCUGGUAUCCGGUACACACCAACAGCGGGAGAUAACGACACACUGUUGAGCAUCGAUAAAGCAAAACGGGAGCUGAACUUCGAGCCAAGGUUCAAGUGGCAAGACCAGAUCAAGAGAUAG